AUGAUUUUAAAAUCUUUUCUACUAGGUAAUCUAUUAUCCUUAUGCAUGAAGAUAAUAAAUUCGGUCGUUGUGGUCGGACUCUAUUAUGGAUUUCUGACCACAUUCUCCAUAGGGCCCUCUUCUCUCUUCCUUCUCCGAGCUCGGGUUAUGGAAGAAGGAACCGAGAAGGAGGUAUCAGCAACAACUGGUUUUAUUACGGGACAGCUCAUGAUGUUCAUAUCGAUCUAUUAUGCGCCUCUGCAUCUAGCAUUGGGUAGACCUCAUACAAUAACUGUCCUAGUUCUACCGUAUCUUUUGUUUCAUUUCUUCUGGAACAAUCACAAAAACUUUUUUUAUUAUGGAUCUACUACCAGAAAUUCAAUGCGUAAUCUCAGCAUUCAAUGUGUAUUCCUGAAUAAUCUAAUUUUUCAAUUAUUCAACCAUUUCAUUUUACCAAGUUCAACGUUAGCCAGAUUAGUCAACAUUUAUAUGUUUCGAUGCAACAACAAGAUGUUAUUUGUAACAAGUAGUUUUGUUGGUUGGUUAAUUGGUCACAUUUUAUUCAUGAAAUGGGUUGGAUUGGUAUUAUUCUGGAUACGGCAAAAUCAUUCUAUUCGAUCUAAUAAGUACCUUGUGUCAGAAUUGAGAAAUUCUAUGGCUCGAAUCUUUAGUAUUCUCUUAUUUAUCACCUGUGUCUACUAUUUAGGCAGAAUGCCGUCGCCUAUUGUCACUAAGAAACUGAAAGAAACCUCAGAAAUGGAAGAAAGGGGAGAAAGUGAGGAAGAAAGCGAUGUAGAAACAACUUCCGAAACGAAGGAGACUAAACAGGAACAAGAGGGAUCCGCCGAAGAAGACCCUUCCCUUUGUUCGGAAGAACAGGAAGAUCCGGAAAAAAUAGAUGAAACGGAAGAGAUCCGAGUGAAUGGAAAGGAAAAAACAAAGGGGGAAUUCCACUUUCACUUUAAAGAGACAUGCUAUAAAGAUAGCCCAGUUUACGAAGAUUCUUAUCUUGAUAGGUAUCAAGAUAAUUGGGAAUUGGGAAGACUUAAAGAAGAGAAAAAUGAAAAGACUUAUUUCUGGUUUGAAAAACCUCUUGUAACUUUUCUUUUCGAUUAUAAACGAUGGAAUUGUCCAUUGCGAUAUAUAAAAAAUGAUCGGUUUGAAAAUGCUGUACGAAAUGAAAUGUCACAAUAUUUUUUUUAUACAUGUCCAAGUAAUGGGAAAAAAAAAAUAUCUUUUACAUAUCCACCUAGUUUAUCGACUUUUUCGGAAAUGAUAGAACGAAAAAUGUCUUUGUACACGACAAAAAAAUUAUCCCAUGAAGACCUGUAUAAUUAUUGGGUUUAUACCAAUGAACAAAAAAAAUACAACUUGAGCAAUGAAUUAAUAAGUCGAAUAAAAGUUCUAGAAAAAGAAAAAAAAGAAAAGGGGUUUUUUUCUCUAGAUAUGCUCGAAAAAAGGACUAGAUUUUGCAAUCAUGAGAAUGAACAAGAAUGCUUGACCAAAACAUAUGAUCCUUUAUUGAGCGGACCAUGCCGUGGAGCAAUAAAAAAAUUUGAUUUACGUACAAUUAUGAAUGAUUUAAUCCCUUAUAUGGAAGAUUCCAUAAAAAGUCUUUGGAUAAAUAAGAUCCAUGAGCUACUUUCUAAUAAUUUACGAGAAUUUGAACAUCAAAAGAAUUCGCUUGAUGAUGGUAAAUCAUUUUUUAAUUAUAUUGGUAAUUCCUUAACUUCAUUUUCUUUUGAAUUCAUACCCAAUUUUUCUUUGAAAAACUGUUAUUUAUUGGCAGAACAAAGAAAAAUUGAUUCAGAAAGUCAAGCAAAAUCUUUGAAAUUUAUAUUCGAUAUAAUUACAAUUGAUCCAAAUAAUCAAACAACAACUAGAAAUAAAUCUAUUGGAAUAGAAGAAAUCAGUAAAAAGGUUCCUCGAUGGUCAUAUAAAUUGACCAAUGUUCUGGAAGAACAGGAGGAAGAAAAUGAGGAAAAAUCGACGGAAGAUCAUGAAAUUCGUUCAAGAAAAGCCAAACGUGUGGUAAUUUAUACUGAUAAUGAGAAUAAUACCAAUUCUAUUACUAAUACGAAUAAUACUAGUAAUAGUGAUCAAGCAGAAGAGGUGGCUUUGAUACGCUACUCGCAACAAUCAGAUUUUCGUAGAGAUAUAAUAAAAGGAUCCAUGCGUACUCAAAGACGUAAAACAGUUACUUGGGAAAUGUUUCAAGCAAAUGCGCAUUCCCCACUUUUUUUGGAUCGAAUAGACAAAACAUUUUUUUUUUCUUCUUUUGAUAUCUCUGAAAUGAUGAAUCUCAUUUUUAGGAAUUCGGUUGAGAGAGAACCGGAAUUGAAAAUUUACAAUUUUGAGGAGGAAGAGACAAAAGAAAAGAAAAAAAAAAACGAGGAGAAAAAAGAGGAAAAUGAACGUAUAGCAAUAUCAGAAACUUGGGAUAACAUUAUAUUUGCUCAAGCAAUAAGAGGUUCGAUGUUAGUAACCCAAUCCUUUCUUAGAAAAUACAUUGUAUUGCCUUCAUUGAUAAUAGCUAAAAAUAUUGGUCGUAUGUUAUUAUUCCAAUUCCCCGAGUGGUAUGAGGAUUUGAAGGAAUGGAAUAGAGAAAUGCAUGUUAAAUGUACCUAUAAUGGUGUUCAAUUAUCGGAAACAGAAUUUCCCAAAGAUUGGUUAACAGACGGUAUUCAGAUAAAGAUCCUAUUUCCUUUCUCUCUUAAACCUUGGCGAAGAUCUACAAUACGAUCUCAUCAUAGAGAUCCAAUGAAAAAAAAAGGAAAAAAAGAAAAUUUUUGUUUUUUAACAAUUUGGGGAAUGGAAGCAGAAGUUCCUUUUGGUUCUCCCCGAAAACGACCUUCUUUUUUUGAACCCAUUUAUAAAGAACUCCAAAAAAUAAUUAGAAAAAUAAUUAGAAAAGUAAAAAAUAAUUUUUUUUUCGUUCUAAAAGUUUUUAAAGAAAAAAAAAGAUGGGUUAUCAAAAUAGUUCUAGUUAUAAAACAAAAAAUGAAGGAAUUUGAAAAAAUAAACCCUAUUUUCUUAUUUGAAUUGAGGAGGGUAAAAGUAUAUAAACCGAAUGAAAAUGUAAGAGAUUCUAAAAUAAAUAAUAAGAUUAUUCGCGAAUCGGCCAUUCGAAUUCGAUCCAUGAAUUGGGCAAAUUACUCACUCAUAGAAAAAAAAAUAAAGGAUCUUGCUGAUAGGACAGUCACAAUCAGGAAUCAAAUAGAACUAGAACGAAUCACAAAAGACAAUAAAAAAAUAGUUCUAACUUGUGAUGAUAAAAAAUCGGAAUCACGGAAACAUAUUUUGCAGAUAUUUAAAAGAAAAAAGAUCCGAUUUAUACGUAAAUUAAAAUUUUUUAUGAAAUCAUUCAUUGAAAAAAUAUACAUAGAUAUCUUUCUACGUAUGAUUACUAUUUUUAGGAUCAAUGCACAAUUUUUCUUUGAAUCAACAAAAAAAAUUAUCACAAAAUCGAUUUACAACGAUGAAACAAAUCGAGAAGGAAUUGAUGAAACAGAUCAAAAUACAAUGAACUUUAUUUCGACUAUAAAAAAAUCGUUUUAUAAUACUAAUAUCAGUAAUAAUAAUUCAAAUAUUUAUUAUUAUUCAAAUAUUUAUUAUUAUAAUUAUGAUUUAUCCUCCUUGUCCCAAGCAUAUGUAUUUUACAAAUUAUCACAAACCCAAUUACUUAACAAGUAUCACUUGAGAUCUGUACUUCAAUAUCCCAGGACCCAUUCUUUUAUUAAGGAUAAAAUCAAGGAUUAUUGUAUGACACGAGGAAUAUUUGAUUCCAAAUCAAAGCAAAAGAAAAUUUAUAAGUCUGGGAAAAAUGAAUGGAAAAACUGGUUAAAGGGCCAUUAUCAAUACAAUUUAUCUCAGACAAAAUGGUCUCGAUUAGUACCUCAAAAAUGGCGAAAUAGAAUCAACCAACGUUCUACGAUUCAAAAUAAAAACUCAAUUAAAUUUGAUUCACAUAAAAAAGAAAAAGACCAAUUAAUUCAUUACAUGAAACAAAAUUACUAUGCGGUGGUAGUGGAUUCAUUGACGAGUCAAAAAGAAAAAUUUAAAAAACACUACAGAUAUUAUCUUUUAUCACAUAAAUAUAUGAAUUAUGGGAAUAGGAAGGACUCAUAUAUUUAUGAAUCAACAUUACAAGUAAAAGGAGACCAAGAAAUUCCAUACAAUUUCAAUACACUGAAACCCGAAUCAUUUUAUGUAUUGGUAAGUAUAGCUAUUAGUAAUUAUUUAGAAAAGGAAUAUAUUAUUGCUACACAUAAAAAUCUGGAUAGAAAAUAUUUUGAUUGUAGAAUUCUCCAUAUUUGUCUUAGAAAAAAUAUCGACAUUGAGACCUGGACCAAUACGCAUAUCAGCACCAAAAUUGAGAAAAAUACUAAGACUGAAAACAAAAUUAUCAAAAAAUUGAAAAAAAAAGAUAUUUUUUCUAAGACAAUUCAUCAAGGAAUUAAACCAUCCCAUCAAAAAAAACACUUUUUUGAUUGGAUGGGAAUGAAUCAAGAAAAGGUUUAUCGUACCAUAUCAAAUCUAGAACCCCGGUUCUUCCCAGAAUUUGUGCCACUUUUUGAUGCAUAUAAGAUUAAACCAUGGAUCAUACCGAUCAAAUUACUUCUUUUUAAUUUUAAUUUCUAUGAAAAUAUUAGUCAAAAAAAAAGAAUCAACAUAAAUCAAAAUAAAAAAAAAAAUCUUCAGAUAUCAUCUAAUCAAAAAGAAUAUCUUAAAUUAGAAAAUUCCAACCAAGAAAAAAACGAACAACAGGGACAAGAAAAUCUUGGAUCAGAUCUACGAAAACAAAACAAAAAAAAAAAUGUUGAAGACAAUUACGCGGGAUCAGACAUUAAAAAAGGUAAAAAGAAAAAACAAUCCAAGAAAAAGAAGGAAGCAGAACUAGAUUUCUUCCUGAAAAAAUAUUUCCUUUUUCAAUUAAGAUGGGAUGACUCCUUGAAUCAAAGAAUGAUCAAUAAUAUCAAGGUAUAUUGUCUCCUACUUAGACUGAUAAAUCCAAGGAAAAUUGCUAUAUCCUCGAUUCAAAGAGGAGAGAUGCAUCUGGAUGUAAUGCUAAUUCAGAAAGAUCUAGCUCUUACAGAAUUGAUAAAAAAGGGAGUAUUGAUUAUCGAACCGAUUCGUUUAUCUAUAAAAAGGGAUGGAAAAUUUAUUAUAUAUCAAACCCUAGGUAUUUCAUUGAUCGAUAAAAUUAAGUACCAAACUAAGAGAAAAUGCAUAAAAAAAAGAUAUGUUGAUAAGAAGAAUUUUGAUAAAUCCGUUGCAAGACACGGCAAUAUGCUUGUGUAUGGAGACAAAAGUUAUUAUGAUUUCUUUGUUCCUGAAAAUAUUCUAUCUCCUAGACGUCGUAGAGAAUUGAGAAUUCUAAUUUGUUUUAAUUCUCGUAAUUGGAAUUUUGUGGAUAGAAAUCCAGUAUUUUGCAAUGAAAACAACAUAAGAAACUCUGGAAAAUUUUUGAAUGAAGACAAACAUUUUAAUACUAAUACAGAUACAAAUAAAUUCAUUAAAUGCAAAUUGUUUCUUUGGCCCAAUUACCGAUUAGAAGAUUUAGCUUGUAUGAAUCGCUAUUGGUUUAAUACCAAUAAUGGCAAUCGUUUCAGUAUGUCAAGGAUAUAUAUGUAUCCACAAUUCAUAAUUUGUUAA